CGCACACAGCUCGGCCGAGCGUCUCAACCUCUGGGGCCGCGAGCGCAGGCGGCGAGGCCACCGCACCUGCAGAACGCUCGAGCUGCGGAGCCGGCACCUCGCCUCUCACCGCCCGAUCCCCUUUCCCCACUCGCUGGGUUGCCCAUGACGCCCACGACUCCCUGUUGGCGACAAUGACCACUUCCCUGCAAGAUGGGCAGAACGCCGCGGGCAGGGCGGCUGCCCGGGACUCGCCGCUGGCCGCCCAGGUGUGUGGCGCUACCCAGGGGAAGGGCGACGCCCACGACCUGGCGCCAGCCCCCUGGCUCCACGCGCGAGCGCUCCUGCCCCCUCCGGACGCGACCCGCGGUUGUGUUGUGGACAGGAGAAAAAAGAAAGAUCUUGAUGUUCUGGAAAUGCCAUCUAUUCCAAACCCUUUUCCUGAGCUGUGCUGUUCUCCAUUUACAUCUGUGUUGUCAUCGGGCCUGUUAUCCAAAGCGAAUUCAAGGAAAAAACAGGUGAUUAAAGUGUACAGUGAAGAUGAAACCAGCAGGGCUUUAGAGGUACCCAGUGACAUAACUGCCCGAGAUGUUUGCCAGCUGUUGAUCCUGAAGAAUCAUUACAUCGAUGACCACAGUUGGACCCUUUUUGAACACCUGCCUCAUAUAGGUCUAGAAAGAACACUAGAAGACCAUGAGCUGGUGAUUGAAGUGCUGUCUAACUGGGGAAUGGAAGAAGAAAAUAAGCUGUACUUUAGAAAAAAUUAUGCCAAAUAUGAAUUCUUUAAAAACCCAAUGAUGUUUCUAAGUUCAAGCACAUAUMCUGAAAUCCAUGGCUUCUUACAUGCGAAAGAACAGGGAAAGAAGUCCUGGAAAAAAAUUUACUUCCUUCUAAGAAGAUCUGGUUUAUAUUUUUCUACUAAAGGAACAUCAAAGUAUGGAUUCUGCUUUAAGCCUAACAAAGCAGGAGGGCCCCGAGACCUGAAAAUGCUCUGUGCAGAAGAAGAGCAGAGUAGGACGUGCUGGGUGACCGCGAUUAGAUUGCUUAAGUAUGGCAUGCAGCUGUACCAGAAUUAUAUGCAUCCGUAUCAAGGCAGAAGUGGCUGCAGUUCUCAGAGUAUAUCACCCAUGGUAGAAGAUGAUGGUGAAAUGUUCCACACCCUAGAUGAUGGCCAUACUAGAUUUACGGAUCUAAUCCAGCUGGUGGAGUUCUAUCAACUCAACAAGGGUGUUCUUCCUUGCAAGUUGAAACAUUAUUGUUCUAGGAUUGCUCUAUAGCUGAACCAGAAGYGAUGUGUUAAACUGUUGAAUAAAAAAGA